GCCUCUACUUUCUUAGAAAUUUGCAAAGAUUCGGCAGUCAUUUAAAACUUUGACGGACUUCGAAAGACAUCUGGUUGCAUCACGGCCUGGUAUGGAAACACCAAUGCUCUUGAGCAGAAAAACUUACACAAAUAGUGGAUACAGUCCACUCCAUCAAGUGUAAAACUAUUGAGCACAUCUACAUGGAGCGCGGUCCCAGGAAAGCAGCAUCCAUCAUCAAGGACUCCCACCAUCCAGGCCAAGAUCUCUUCUCUCUGCUGCCAUCAGUAUGGCUUUCAGAAGCAAGUAUCCUCCAAAGUCUUGUGACACAUUCGUGGCUUUGCCUCCAGCAACAGUUGAUAAUCAGCUAAUUUUUGGAAAAAACUCGGACAGACCUUCUGAUGAAGUCCAGGAAGUUGUUUUCUUUCCUGCAGCAACCUAUCAACCAGGAGACAAGGUUGAGUGUACGUACAUACAGGUUGAUCAGGUUGCAAAGACGCAUGCAGUUGUUCUGAGCCGUCCGUCUUGGUUAUGGGGGGCUGAAAUGGGAGCCAAUGAACAUGGAGUAUGUAUCGGCAAUGAGGCAGUCUGGGGAAAAGAAGAACAAAAUGACAAAGAAGCUCUAUUGGGCAUGGAUUUAGUGAGACUUGGACUUGAACGUUCUGAAACAGCGGAGGAGGCAGUCGAUAUUCUUACUGAUCUGCUAGAGAAAUAUGGACAGGGUGGAAACUGCAUGGAAGAUGAAGUUACGUUUACGUAUUACAACAGCUUUCUAAUCGCUGACAAAAAGGAAGCAUGGGUAUUAGAGACGGUUGGUAAAUACUGGGCAGCAGAAAGAGUUUCAGAAGGGGUACGGAAUAUUUCCAAUCAGCUUUCCAUAACAACGAAGAUCAAUAAAGAACACCCGGAACUGAGAGAUCAUGCAAAGAAUCGAGGCUGGUGGGAUGGUAAAAUGAAGUUCGACUUUGCUGCUGUGUAUUCCUAUCAGGGCUCCACUAAGGAAUUGGAUGAUCGAUAUUGCGCUGGCCUCCGUCUUCUGAAUAAGCAUAAAGGAAAUAUUAGAGUUGAAACAAUGAUGGAAAUUCUCCGGGACAAAGAGAGUGGUAUUAACAUGGAAGGUGGCUUCACGACAACAGGAAGCAUGGCCUCCAUUCUUCCAACGGACACUAAUCUUCACUGCAUUCAUUUUUUUACAGCAACUCCUUACCCUGAGAGGUCUGUUUUCAAACCAUUUAUCUUUGUUCAAAAUAUGAGGCAGUUUUUACCGACAAGUUCACCUUCAUUUGGUCCCGAUGAUCCAGUAAAAAAGAAACCCCGGUUCCAGAGUAAACCAGACAGAAGACAUGCCCUUUAUAAAAAGCAUGAAGUGGCAGCUGCAUUCAUGGAGACCAAAAAGACUAAAGCUUCUAAGAUGCUUGAAGAUAUAAAAGCACUGGAAAAGAAGCAGCUUGAAACAGUGGAGGAUGUCCUUCAGCAUGGAAUACCAGAUACGACAAAAGUUGUUCAUCUCUUUUCUGAUUGUGUAACUGAGGAAAUAUCAAUUUACAAUUUGUAAUUAUCCAAUCCAACUGGAUACUUCUGUGGUGAUAUUUCUGUUUUUAAGAUAUAUUGCCACAAAAAGUGACGAUGAAGGGGCAUCUUAACUUUCAAACUGACCUGUAAUAUCCAAUACUAACUUAUGCGGGCUGAGCACCCCUUAUCCAAAAUGCUUGGGGUGGGAAGUGUUUUGGAUUUUGGAUUUUUUGGGAUUUUGGAAUAUUUGCAUCUAUAUAAUAAGAUAGCUUGGGAUGAGAACCAAAUCCAACACAAUAUCUAUUUACAUUACAUUUACAGUAUAUAUAAUGCACGAAGGUCUGGCUAUGCUGACGGCUAAAAACAAACUGGUGCCAACAGGGUCCCACUCAGGGUACUUCAGAUCACUUCUCGGAACUGUCUGUGGCGCACAGAGACCUGCACUUCACCUGGGAACCUUCCCAGCACCUUGUAGACUUUUCUAUUUGUGGUGUUUUGACAGCGCUCAACAAAGUUUUGGAUUUUGGAAUUUCAGAAAAGGGGUACUCAACCUGAUAUAAAUAUAUACUGGAUAAAAAUUUUAAAAAUAGUAUAUUUUGCAAUAUUUUUUAUUAAAGCCACACUAUUAUAAUUUCACUAAUGCCACCAUCAUGCAAAACUUGCCAUGACAGUAAUCUGAAUAAAUAUAAUGAUUUUCUCUACUUGGAUCAGGUCACAAGCAUAUGUCUCCUAGAUCCAAUGAGUUGUAAAAAUGCUAUUUCCUUCUCUCCAUUCCUCCAUCUCUGCCACAUCUGUUCUCAGGAGGAGACUCUCCAUUCUAAAACAUCUGAGAUAUCCUUUUUUUUCAAAGGACGGGUUUCCCUUCCACCAUUAUUGAAACUGCCCUCACCUGCAUCUUCUCCAUCCCUUCAUCCUAUAGUCAUUUUUUUAUAACGACGAUAUGGUUCCCAUUGUCCUAUUCUACCACCCCAUGAGCAUCAAUAUCCAGCAUAUUAUUCCAUAGGGAUCUCUUUCUGUAUGAUUCUGUUGUCCACUAAUCCCUCCCCACUGAUCUUCCUCCAGGCAUUUAUCCCUGCAAGCUUGACAAGUGCUAUACCUCCCCCAACAUAUUCUCACUCACCACCAUUCAGGGCCCCAAAAAUUCCUUUCAAGUGAGGCAACACUUCACCUGCAAUUUAGUUAGGGUCAUCUGUUGUAUCCAGUGCUGCUGGUGCAGCCUCUUCAACAUAGUGAGACCCGGCACAGACUGGGGGAGCGCUUUGUUGAGCAUCUUCGCUCUGCUGCUGUAAAAAAAAAAGGCAGGAUCUCCCGGUUCCAUUCCCAUUCUGAUGUGUCUGUCCAUGGUCUUCUGCAAGGAUGAGGACAAGCUCAAGUUGGAGGAGCAACGCCUCAUAUUCCAUCUCGGUAGCCUCUACUCAUUGAUUUCUCAAACUUCCAGUUCUUUCUCCCCCUCUAUCAUUCUUUCUUUUAUAAUUUCCCAUUCUGGUUACCCUCUCACUCCUGUUCUCACCUGUCCUUCACCUCCCUUUGGUCCAUCUUCUCCUCUUUCUUCAAUGGUCUAUUCUCCUCUCAUAUUGGAUUCCUUCUUCUUUAGCCCUUUACGUUUUUCAUCUAUCCCCUCCUAGCAUCUUACUUCAUGCCUCCCUCCCCCACCCAUUCCCCCUCACCCCUUACCUGUUUGCCCGAUCACCUGCCAGCUUGUACUCCUUCGCCCCCCAACCUUUCUUAUUCUGCCUUCUUACCCCUUCCUUUCCAGACCAGAUGAAGGGUCUUGUCCCGAAACACCAACUGUCUGUUACCCUCUAUAGAUACUGCCUGAUGUGCUGACUUCAUCCUGCAUUUUGUGUGUGUUUCUCAAGGUUUUCCGGCAUCUUGUGUGUACAGAAUGUCACCUAGAGCAAUCUUACAUCUAAAGAAUCUCUCAACAGUUUCUUCAACGACGUUGGUUACUGCCCUACAUUGGUUGCUGUCCUAAUGGCUGAAAAAGCUGAACCACCUUUAACACUAUUCUUUAGAUGUAAGUAAGCUCACUUCCAAUGUUUUCUGUUCCCAUUAAGUCAUGGCACCAGAGUGGCAUAGCAAUCUUUACAGAUGUACUGUAUAUAAACUGCAUGGAAAAUCAUUUCAAAUUAUUUCAACCAGUGAAAAAGAAAUGAGAGGCACAGAUUCAUAACUGGAACAUAUUAAUUUAGCAAUGGUGCUCCUAGUUCUUCACAAACAGUCAAAAUUCAGUGGACUUCCAGGUAGAUUAGUGGUACAAAAACCUUUGAAUCCUCCAGAUUUACGUUUUAUAAUAAUAAGGAAAGGUACUUGAUUACCCCUGUGGUUUCAACUGCUCUAAUGUUUCCAUGGCCGCCUUCCAUCUUCCCUUACCUUAAUUAUACAAACUCUGCUGCAAAAUACUUCACUUCGCUAAAUCCUCUGUCGUCAACUAUAUCAGUAAGUGUGCAGGCGACAUUGGUACCUCAACAACGUUCAUCUCACAGCCCUGACUGAAUGCUGAGGUGCACUCCCUACUAAAAGCCCAGGUUGCUGCCUUCAACUCUGGUGAGAAAACACUUGUCAGAGCAGCCAGGAGAAAUCUCAUCUGAGGAGCAAGCAGUCAAAGGCUGCCUACUCACAAAAAAAAUCCAGGAACACCUGUUUGAUAGUGAUCCCUGGCAAAUGUGGCUGGGCAUGAAGGGCAUUACUGACGACUCAAGGAAAAGCAGCAUCGACUGUACCAGUGACACCUUCCUCCCUAAUGCUCUAAACAAUUUUUAAUGCCUGCUUUGGGCCACAAAAACUACCCCUCUCCCAGGUGAGCAGCCACAGUCCAUACAGCAGCAGACGUGAGAAGGACUCAGCAGACAGUCCACCCUGUAAGGCAUCUGGGCCAGACAACAUCCCAGGCUGACUACGUGAGUGUGCAUGCCAGCUCACUAACAUCUUCAACACAUUGCUCACCCAAGCUACUGUCCCCACAUGCUUCAAAUCAGCCACCCUCAUCCCUGUACCAAAGAACUAAAUGACUACUGCUCAGUAGAACUGCACUAAUCAUCAUUAAAUGAUUUGAAUGGCUGGUACAGAUCAAAAACUCCUUUCCUACUACAUUGGACACUCAAAGUUCAAAGUAAAUUUAUUAUCAAAGUACAUAUAAGUCACCAUACACAACCGUGAGAUUCAUUUUCUUUGCAGGCAAUCACAGUAAAUACGAGAAACACAAUAGAAUCAAUGAAAGACCAUACCCAGCAGGACAGAUAAACAACCAAAGACAAGCUGUGCAAAUACAAAUAGAAAGAAAAAACAGAAUAUUCAGAAUAAUAAUAAAUAAAUAAAUAAGCAAUAAAUAUCAAGAAUAUGAGAUGAAGAGUCCUUGAAAGUGAGUCCAUAGUUUGAGGGAACUGUUCAGUGAUGGGGCAAGUGAACUUAUCCUCUCCGGUUCAAGAGCCUGAUGGUUGAGGAGUAAUAACUGUUCUUGAACCUGCUGGUGUGGGUCCUGGGGCUCCUGUACCUUCUCCCUGAUGGCAGCAGCGAGAAGAGAGCAUGCCCUGAAUGGAUGGAUGCUGCUUUCCCGCAACAGCGCUCUGUGUAGGUGUACUCAAUAGGGGUGGGAAGGGCUGUAUACACUACUUCUUGUAGGCAUUUUCAUUCAAGCAAGUUGGUGUUUCCAUACCAGGCCGUGAUGCAACCAGUCAAUAUACUCUGUACCACACACCUAAAGAAGUUUGUCAAGGUUUUGACUUUCUCCACCUCUGAUCCCCCGGUGAGGACUGACUCAUGGAUCGCUGGAUUCCUCCUCCUGGAGUCUAUAAUCAUCUUCAUGCUGACUUUGAGUGAGAGGUUGUUGUUGUGGCACCUUUCUACAAGAUUUUCAACUUCCCUGCGAAAUACUGAUUCGCCACCACCUUCAAUUGGGCCAGUGCUUAAAUACUACACUGUGAAGGCAAGCCAGAAACCAUGGCUGACUGCAGAGGUUCAUGCUCUGCUUAGGGAUCAGGAGCUGCCUUCAGAUCGAGGGACAGGAUGACUCUAAAGUCAGCAGGAGCUAUGCUCUGCCAUGCCAUUAGGAAGACAAAGUGUGAGUACGCACAGAAAAUUCACACCUUUGUGACAGCAGGGACAUGCGGUGCAUGCGCCAAGGUAUACAAACCAUGACUGAUUACCCUCUGCAUCAAUAACAGAAAUGGCUCCCUACCUGACAGGCUGAAUGUCUUCUAUGCACAAUCUGAUGCAAUGAAUGAUAUGUCGCACCCUUUCCCCCUGAGGAACAGGCACCCUGUCUGGCUGCAGCCCAGCUGAGGAGGAUCCUAGCCAGGGUAAACCAUGUAAAGUUAUGGGGCCAGACAACAUACAUGGUCAGAUGCUGAGGGACUGUGAAGCCCAGCUAAAAGUGGUCUUAAUGGACAUCUUUAAUAUCUCUUUGAAACAGUCCAUUGUCCCUACAGGAGUCAAGGCAGCCACCAUUAUCCUGGUUCCCAACAGAGUGACUGUAAUUGGCCAAAACAAUUACCAUACAGUGGGCACUGACUUCAACAAUCAUGAAGUGCUAGCGGAUCAUACAAAAUCUCACAUUCCAGCUACAUUGACCCUUUCCAGCUUGCCGACUGCUCAAACCGGUCCACUGAUGAUGCCAUAGCCUUGGCUUUCCACUCUGUCCUCCCCACCUAAAAAAUGAUGCCUUAUAUACCAGGAUGUUGUUCAUCGACUUCAGCUCAGCAUUUAACAAGUUCAUCCUGAGAGUCUGGUGGAUAAAUUGUCCUUGUUGAGAAUCAACACCCCUAUCUGUAAAUGGAUCUUGGACUUCUUGACAGAAAGGCCCCAGUGAGUCCGAGUUGGUAGCAACAUCUCAAUGCUAAGCACUGGUGCUCCCCCGAAUUGUGUGCUCAUCCCACUGCUGACUCACGGCUGCAUUACCAGUUUCAGCUCAAACUGCACCAACAAGUUCACUGACGGUGGUUGGCCUCAUCAGCAACAAUGAUGAGUCAGCAUACAGAGAGAAGGUUGAGAGGCUUGUCAAAUGGUGUGGGAACAACAACCUAAUAUAAGAGAUGAUUGUGGUCUCCAGGAAGGUGCAGGUCAACCGCGCCAUUGCAUAUCAAUGGCUCUGCCAUGGGGAGAGUGAAGAGCAUGAAGUUCCUUGGUGUGCACAUAACAGACAUUCUAACCUGGACCCACAACACUUCCUCAUUAGUCAAGAAGGCACAGUAGCAUCUACACUUUCUGUGGAGAAUGAGGUGUGCAAAGCUCUUCACCCUCAUUCUAACAACUUUCUACAGGAGCUCCAUCAAGAAUGCCCUGUAUGGCUGCAUCCUUGUGUGGUAUGGAAGCUGCAAGGCAUCAGACCACAAAACCCUGCAGAUAAUAGUAAAAAUCUCUGAGAGAUCACCAGGGUCUCCCUCCCCCAUAUUUCUGACAUUUAUCGAGAGUGAUGCAGAAGAAGGGCCUGCAGCAUUGUUGAGCAUCCCUACUACCCAUCCCAGAGUCUCUUUGACCCACUACUGUCAGGAAGGAGAUGCGAAGCACCAGGACUAGGACUACCAGACUGGGUAACUCAGGGUAACCUCUUCCCUCGGGUUGUGAGACUAAUGAAUAUGCUGCCACCACCGAGGUCUUGUCACUAGGGCAGUGAGCUGAUUACUGUUUACUUGUGUAGUGUACUACACAAAUUUUGAAUUAUAUUUCAUUGAUUUAUUUACGGUUAUAUUUUGGUUUAUGUGCUGUGUGUGCUAUAUAUUUUGUGGGUGACCGUGGUCUGGAGAAACAUUGUUUUGCUGUAUGAAUGUACAAUCAGAUGACAAUAAAUUUAAACUUGAACUGCUCUACAACCGAUGCCAUAGCAUCAGUCACACAGCUGGCACUGACACAACCUAGCAAACAAGGACACUUAUGUUAGAAUACUGUUUCUGGAUUUCAUUUUACUUAAGAACAUAAGAAAUAGGAGCAGGAGUAGGCCAUCUGGCUGGUCAAGCCUGCUCUGCUAUUCAACAAGAUCAUGGCUGAUCUGGCCAUGGACUCAUCUCCACCUACCUGCCUUUUCCCCAUAACUCUUAAUUCCCUUACUAUGCAAAAAUCUGAAUCCAUGCUGUAUCCACCUGAUGAAUCCAUUUCUUUCCGUAUGCCUCACUAUUUCUUCUUUAAUGAUAGCUUCAAGCAUUUUCUCAACUACAGAUGUUAAACUAACUGGCCUAUAGUUACCUGCCUCUUGCCUACAUUCUUUUUUGAACAGUGGUGUGAUAUUCGCCAUCUUCCAAUCCACCGGGGCGUCCCAGAGUCCGGAGAAUUUUGGUAAAUUACCACCAAAGCCUCAACUAUAACUUAUGCCAUUUCUUUCAGUACCCUGGGAUGCAUUCCAUCAGGACCAAGGGACUUGUCUAUCUUUAGGCCCACAGGUUUGCUCAGCAAUAACUCUUUAGUGAUAAUUAUUGUAUUGAGGUCCUCGCCUCCCAUUGCAUCCAUAACAUCUCUCUUUGACAUGUUAGAUGUGUCCUCCACUGUGAAGACCGACACAAAAUAGUCAUUCAAAGCCUCCGCCAUACCCAUUAUCAUACCCAAUAUCAAUUCUUCCUUCUUGUCCUCCGAGGAACCUACAUUCACUUUAGCCACCCUUUUCUGCUUUAUAUAAUUAUAAAAACUUAUACUGUCUGUUUUUUAUGCUUUGUGCUAGUUUAUUUUCAUAAUCUAGUUUCCCUUUCUUUAUUGCUUGCAUAGUGGCACUUUGUUGCUUUUUAACGUUUUCCCAAUUUUCCAGUUUCCCACUACUCUUGGUGAUUUCGUACGCACGAGCUUUUAGUUUGACGCCUUCCUUUAUUUCCUUAGUUAUCCAUGGCUGGUUCUCCCCACCCUUAUUGUCCUUGCUUUUAACUGGAAAAUACUUCUGUUGAACACUGAGAAAAAUCUCUUUGAAAGUCUUCCACUGUUUCUCAACUGUCCCACCAUAUAGCCUGUCUUCUCAUUCUACACUAAUCAAAUCCUCCCUCAUCCCAUUGUAGUCUCCAUUGUUUAGGUAUAAUACACUGGUUUUCGAUCGAACUAUUGCAUUCUCCAUUUGUAUGAGAAAUUCAAUCAUACUGUGAUCACUCUUUCCAAGAGGAUCCCUAACUACAAGAUCACUAAUUUUACCUGUCUUAUUGCACAGGACCAGAUCUAAAAUAGCACGUUCCUUUGUAGGUUCAGUAACAUGCUGUUCAAGAAAGCCAUCACGGAUGCAUUCUAUGAAGUCGUCAAGACUUUUUGUCAUUCAAUACUAUUGUCCCACAGAUCUUGGUAAAUAAACUCCUACUCCUCGGUCUAAAUACAUCAUUGUGCAACUGGGUGUUAGAUUUCCUAACCAGCAAACCCAGACCUUAAAUGGCACACAAGAAAAUCUGCAGAUGCUGGAAAUUCAAACAACGCACACAAAAUGCUGGUGGAACGCAGCAGGGCAGGCAGCAUCUAUAGGAAGAAGUACAGUCAACGUUUCGGGCCGAGACUCUUCGUCAGGACUAACUGAAAGAAGCACUGCCACCAAUCUCAUAGU